AUGCUGUGGCGUGGUUUGAAGGAAAUGCUGUGGCGUGGUUUGAAAGGAAAUGCUGUGGCGUGGUUUGAAGGAAAUGCUGUGGCGUGGUUUGAAAGGAAAUGCUGUGGCGUGGUUUGGAAGGAAAUGCUGUGGCGUGGUUUGAAAGGAAAUGCUGUGGCGUGGUUUGGAAGGAAAUGCUGUGGCGUGGUUUGGAAGGAAAUGCUGUGGCGUGGUUUGGAAGGAAAUGCUGUGGCGUGGUUUGGAAGGAAAUGCUGUGGCGUGGUUUGGAAGGAAAUGCUGUGGCGUGGUUUGAAGGAAAUGCUGUGGCGUGGUUUGGAAGGAAAUGCUGUGGCGUGGUUUGAAAGGAAAUGCUGUGGCGUGGUUUGGAAGGAAAUGCUGUGGCGUGGUUUGGAAGGAAAUGCUGUGGCGUGGUUUGGAAGGAAAUGCUGUGGCGUGGUUUGGAAGGAAAUGCUGUGGCGUGGUUUGGAAGGAAAUGCUGUGGCGUGGUUUGCAAGGAAAUGCUGUGGCGUGGUUUGA